AUGGCUCGCUCCUCGAGUGUCCUUGCCGGUGGCCUUCUUGGCGCCGCCUCUUUGGGAGGCCUUGCCUUCUUGGCACCCGGGCAGAGCCGUGCUCAACCGAUGCAGCAGGAGGUGGCCCACGCGCAGGGAUUCUUGGCAUCCAGCACUGGCACCAGCACUAGCAGCACGGGUGCUGUGCAGGGCAUGGCCGGUGCCUUGGCCGUGGCCGGCUUGAGUGUUGCCGCUGUGCGAGGCGCGUCGGCUUCUUCCCGCCAGCAGGGCGUCAAGCCUCGCGCAGCCAAGAGCGUCGUCGCAUGCAGGUCCUUGGCCAAGCUGAAGAUUGAUGGAGUGGACCUCAAGGACAAGCGUGUCUUCAUCCGCGUCGACUUCAACGUGCCUCAGGACAAGAAGGACCCGAACAUCAUCACCAACACGGCCCGAAUCGAUACCGCUCUGCCCACCAUCAAGUAUGCCCUGGACAACGGUGCCAAGUCUGUGGUGCUUUGCUCGCACUUGGGCCGCCCCAAUGGGCAGAAGGACGAGAAGUUCUCCAUGAAGCCAGUGGCCAAGGUGGUCGAGGAGAAGUUGGGACGCCCCGUGAAGCUGAUGAACGACGUGGUCGGGGAGGAGGUCGAGGCUGCGUGCGCCGACCCCGAGCCGGGCACUGUGAUCUUGCUGGAGAACUCCCGGUACUACGUUGAGGAGGAAGGCAAGGGCAAGGAUGCUGAUGGCAACAAGGUGAAGGCCUCCUCCGACAAGGUGAAGGAGUUCCGCGCAUCCCUGGCCAAGAAGAAGGCCGAGGAGAAGGGCGUGGAGCUCAUUUUGCCGGUGGACUUCGUGUGCUCCUCCAAGUUCGGGGAUGAUGGCGAGAUCCAGGAAGGUGACAUGAGCACCGGGGUUCCCGAGGGCUUCCUGGGCCUCGACAUUGGCCCCAAGUCCAUCGAAAUGAACGACGAGGCGAUCAAGAAGUCCAAGACGAUCGUGUGGAACGGUCCCAUGGGUGUCUUCGAGAUGGAGGCUUUCGAAAAGGGGACGAAGCAGAUGAUGGAGACCAUCGUGUCGGUCACGAAGGACGGCGCCGUCUCCGUGAUCGGCGGUGGCGACACCGCCACCGCCUGCAAGAAGUAUGACACUGUUGACAAGGUCUCUCACUGCAGCACUGGUGGUGGGGCAUCCCUGGAGCUCUUGGAGGGCAAGCUCCUCCCCGGCGUGGCGGCGCUGGAUGAUGCCUAG